ACACAGAGGGCCGGAUGCUGUUGGGGCGAGUUGCUUGUGCCGCAGUGCUUGGUGGUGUAAGUGGUGGUGGUUGCUGUGCAAGAAGUGUAAGCUGCUGCUGCUGCUGCUGGAGUGUUGGUGCAGCGACUCGUGGCCGGCCUUGGCGGCGCCCUGUCUUGCAAUUAACAAGGCGCAACCUUCAACCAACCAUGCCAACCUCACAAGAAGUGAAACAAAAGAUUUUGGGCACCCCAGCGGUCCAGCAGCUCAAGCACAUCUUCCAAGAGGACCACCAUGAGUUCAGGCUCGUUGGCGGUGCUGUGAGGGACAUCCUGCUGGAGCGGUGGCCUAAGGACUACGACUUUGCCACCACAGCCCUGCCUCAGCAGACGCAGCAGCUGCUGGAGUCACGCGGUGUGCGCGUCGUCCUCACGGGAUUGCAGCACGGCACCGUGACCGCUGUCAUCGACAACGUGCCAUAUGAAGUGACAACACUGCGCCUGGACCACGAAGGGGCGGAGGGCACGGGCCCCGUGUGCUUCACCGAUGACUGGAAGCUUGAUGCAGAGCGCCGCGAUCUCACCAUCAAUGCCAUGAGCAUGGACCUCGAUGGACACAUCUUCGACUACUUUGACGGCAGGGACCACCUCGCACAGGAAAAGAUUGUGUUUGUCGGUGAUCCGGCCCAGCGCAUCCAAGAGGAUUUUCUUCGCAUUCUCCGCUACUUUCGCUUCCACGGAAAAGUUUGCCGCCACAACAACCACGAGCCCGCUCAAAUUCAGGCAAUCACGGACAAUGUCCAGGGACUGGAAUCUGUCUCCGGUGAACGCAUCUGGAUGGAAAUGUCAAAGAUCCUCAAGACGGCACGUGCACCGGAGCUUGUCGAGUGCAUGCAAGCAUGCGGUGUUCUUCCGCAUAUUCAGCUUGCGAACGUGGAACAGCACCACUUGCAGCGCCUGCGUCAUGUUCACAGGUAUGAGCUCGAGCCCGCUACGGCGCUGACGGCGCUAGUGGACGACGUGCAGCAGUUUGAGGGCGUCGCUGCUGCCUGGCGCCUAUCCAAUGCAGAGCGCAAGCUGGGGCUCUUCAUCAUUCAACACAGGGAUGUGGAUGUGUGCAUGAAUUCGGCGCAAGAUCUCCUUGUGGACGGAAUUAAUCGCACAUACGUCACCCAACUCUGCCGUUACCAGGGCCAUCUUGACAUCGCUGUCGCCAUGCAAGAUUGGGCCGUCCCCGAGUUCCCCAUCACCGGCAAGAAACUGAUACAGCACGGCCUUAAACCAGGCCCCAAUAUGGGACGUGUGCUCGCUGCUCUCAAGGACAACUGGAAGCAAUCGAGGUUUCAGCUUGGGGAAGAAGAGCUGCUUGCACAAAUGGACAGUGUGGUCGCAUCGCUGUCAUAGCACUGUCUCCAUCACACCUUUAGACUUGAAUGUUUAGGCCCACCCUGUCUGUCUGCCUGUGUGUGUGUGUGUGUGUGUGUGUGUGUGUGUGUGUGUGUGUGUGUGUGCUCACGUAGUGGUGUUUCUGUCAAAUGUGUGGGUGGGUGGUCCGUGCGUGGUGCGCAUCGUAGCUCGUGCUGUGGCACGGACGCGAUCUGCGGUGUUUGUCUUGCCUUUUCGUCUUUUCAUUAACAACACCCCAGUUGGUGCCAUAAACAACCAAUCACCA